UAACAGGGUCUUUACCGAAAUGGCUUGCAAGACCAUGACUUUAACUGAAUUUGUUCAUCAUUAUGAGCAACGGGCAGCUGAAAUGCGUGACAUUGAAGCAAUGGAGGAUUUUAAAUGUCGAGGAAUACCUAAGCUUGCGAUAGAAGAUUGUGGCAUACUAAAACACGCUGCCACUCUAUACACAAGAACCAUCUUUACAAGAUUUCAACUUGAACUUUUGCAGAAAAUAUCUAAAAAAGUGAUUAUCAAUGUUGAAAUGAAUGGCACUAGUCACACAUAUACAAUUCUCAAAGGAGAAAGUGGUCACUUUGAAACUGUUCAAUUCAAUUCUAUGGACAAUUCCAUAAGUUGUAGUUGUCUUAUGUUUGAAUCUUUGGGUUGGCUAUGUUGCCAUGUACUGAAAGUUUUGUUCCUUAAAUUGAACUUUUCUUAUAUUCCUGCACAACACAUCAUGAAAAGAUGGACAAAGACUGCUAAACAAGGAAAUGAAUUUGAGGAGUACAAUAAAAAGAAAACACCAGCUUCAUCUAUGGCCAUUCGCUUAAAUAGGUUGAUGAAAGAAUCAUUUGCUGUAAUGACUUUAGCUGAAAAUGAUGUCGAGUCUGAAGAAAUUACUAGAAAAUAUUUGCAUCAAGCGAGGGUUGAGACUACUAAAGUACAAACUGAAUUAUAUGUUAAAGGUACUCAUAACAAUUGUCCCAAAUCUUCUACAUCUGCUGGCCCUUCUUCAGGAAUUCAUGAUCAAGUUUGGAUCCAAUUAAGAAAAAGGGGAAACGAAAUGGAUAGGGAAGAUUGAAGCCGAGAAUUAAGCAAAGGAAGAAAAGGGUACCACCAAAGACAUUAAAAGCUAGAGCAACAGAACAACAGGAACAACACUCCUUAGGAUUAAAUUUUAAGCUAUUUGAAGAUCAAAAUACUAGCUUCACACAAUUGUUGACUCAGGCUUCAGCUAGCCAAUUUGAAGGAUGCAUUGAGAACCAAAAUUCAAACAUCACAGGAAGAAAUAUUGAUUUCACUAGUCAAGAGAAUUAAG